AUGAAGUUAUCAAAAACUAGUUGGAAAGUUGAUAUACUUGACUAUAACCAGCCAGAUAUAUGUUUUGCAGUGCAAGUACUUAGUCAGUUCAUGCAACUUUCGAAGAAGUCACAUUGGGAUGCAGCCUUGAGGGUGGUUAGAUAUGUGAAGAAGUCAUCUGGAUUAGGGGUGUCCCUGAGUAGAAAUGCUAUCAUAGAAAUGUCUGUGUUUUGUGAUUUAGACCGGGUUUCUUACCUCAACACAAGAAGAUCAGUUAUAGGAUUUGCCGUACAACUUGGUGGAUCACUAAUCUCAUGGAAGUGUAAGAAGCAACAUACAGCUAGUAAAAGCUCAGUAGAAGCAGAAUACAUGCCAAUGGCCUCAACAGUCUCAGAAGUUGUUAGGUUGCUAGGAUUACUCAAAGACUUGCAAGUUUCAGUAGCCCUACCAAUAAAGGUUUCUUGUGACAGCAAAUUAAGCAACUAUUCAAAUAGCUGCCAAUCCCAUAUUUCAUGA